AUGAGCACAGACAAGGGAUUUGAUAUGGUGGAGCACAUAUCGAAGCUAAGGAAGCUUCAGGAAGAGUUGCACCUGAUGGAAAAUAGUGUUUGCAAGUUCAGUUCAGUCCGGUUUUUUGCCCCCCAAAACGCGCAACCGUGGACCGCAACCGGUCUAGGAACGACCCAGAUAUUGAGGGAACCGAACCAAACCACCUAG